AUGAGAGAUUCCAAGAGAGCUGUAGUACUUGGGAUCAGUGGGUGUUCAUCUAGUGGUAAGACAACACUUAGUCGACUUCUCCGUGAUAUCUUUCCACAUACUUUCGUUCUUCACGAAGAUGACUUCUAUAGACCUGAAGAAGAACUCCCUAAGAAGCAUGAUCUAGUAGAUUGGGAUUGCGCAGAAGCUUUGGAUAUACCAGAAAUGGUCAAGUCUCUUGAGCAUAUACGCAAAGAAGGCACAUUUCCUCCUAAUCUCGAUUCCAAAGAAGACAAAAAUUCUAUUGGAGAAUGUCCCGUGUCAGAUGAAGAUAUCGAAGCAUUAAAAUCUAAAGUCAAGACAUGGACAGAACCUGGGCAGCCAGGAUAUGGAAUCUUAUCAGACACAGAUUCUCCCAUGCGUCUUUGCAUUUUUGAUGGGUUUCUUCUCUAUUCCAAAUCCUUGGCCGAACUUCAAUCCCAGAUCGAUCUGAAACUUUUCCUCCGUGUUAGUUAUGAAAAGGCAAAAGGUCGAAGGGAAGCUCGUAGUGGCUAUGUAACUCUCGAAGGAUUCUGGGAAGAUCCACCAGGAUACGUUGAUAAGAUUGUCUGGCCAAAUUACGUUGAGGAUCACAAAUGGAUGUUCGAAGGUGAUGAUGUUGAGGGGAAAUUAAAAGAAGAUGUGAUUAGUGAGCUAGGUCUGAAAUGCCAGGAUGGAGGUUUGGACAUUGAUAUGACCACGACUCUUAAGUGGGCCGUGGCUACAGUUAUGGACUCUUUGCCUUCAUUUGCAAAGGAAAACUCAACGGCCGGGAAGUAG